UCUGCGCUGACGUCACGAUCAUGAUGAGAAUUAAUGAUCGGAGGCGCUGAUUUCAUUGUGUGACGCCGGGACCGACCCAGCCGAAACCGGCUGAAUCCGGAGCCCCGAGCCCCCCAGACCGGCCCCGCGCAGCACGUUUCAAUGUGUUGCCCACCAGCUGGACGCCUGGUUUUCCAAAAAACUCCUACAUGUCUUUUCUAAGCUCGACGAGCCAAGAUUAAAAUUAAAUUAUGAUAAGAAUCCAUGUGGAUUUCUAACGUGGAGUCUGCAGUUCAAGAUAAAGAUGAAUCUGCGUUCUGUAUUUACUGUAGAACAGCAAAGGAUAUUACAGCGUUAUUAUGAAAAUGGAAUGACAAAUCAAAGUAAAAAUUGUUUUCAGCUCAUAUUGCAGUGUGCACAAGAAACUAAACUGGACUUCAGUGUAGUCAGGACCUGGGUUGGCAAUAAAAGAAGGAAGAUGAGCAGCAAGAGUGCUGUAGAAUCUGGAGGUGCUCCCCCAGGGACUGCCCCUGCUGCUCCCUCGGUACCGCCAGAAGCAGCAGUUAGAAAUGUGGUAAAUAUUGCUCGGUCCCAAAGUCAGCAGUCUUCUUGGACCUCUUCUAAUAACGAUGUAAUAGUUACUGGUAUAUACAGUCCUGCUAGUUCAUCCAGUAGGCAGGGAUCCACCAAGCAAACAAGUGCUUCAAUGGCAGAAAUACAUAAAACCUCUAUUCCAAGACUACCAGGAAAAAGUGACACAGACUUUCAGCAGCAGCACAUCCCUAUAGGGCGACAAAUACCACACUGUAAAAAUGCCUCACUAUUAGUAGGGGAAAAAACGAUUAUUUUAUCUAGACAAACAAGUGUACUGAAUUCUGCGAACUCCAUUUAUAGUCACACAAAAAAAAGCUAUGGUGGUUCAUCUGUCCAAACUGCAGAGUUGGUGUUACCUCAGAAACCAAUGAUAUGCCACAGACCCUGCAAAGCUGAACUCAUGGGAUGUCAGAGGUUACAAAAACCAGAACAUGCAGCCCUUGCAUCGCAUGUGCCCCCUGGACAAAGGGCUAACACUAGGGACCCUUCUUGUAGCACACAAAACCUGGAAAUCCGCGAGGUGUUUUCUCUGGCGGUUACAGAUCAACCUCAAAGAAUUGUGGGAGGAAGUACAGCACAGAAGCACUGCUCAGUGGAAGGCAGCUCUCUGUCCAUUGCGAUGGAAACUGGAGAUGUGGAUGAUGAAUAUGCUAGAGAAGAAGAACUAGCAUCCAUGGGAGCACAAAUACAAAGCUAUUCAAGAUACUGUGAAAGUAGCAGUUCUGUUCGAGUGGAGAACCAAAGUGCAGCCUUGUCUGGGCCAGGAAGAAAUGUGAGCUGUAGUUCUCAGAUGGUGAAUGCCAGGGACGUGCCUGACAGUAUGCUGUAUCACAGCAGAGACUACCACUUGCCUGCACGGACCUCAUUACAUACAUCCAGUACAUUAUAUAACACUGCUAAUACAUCAAGAAGUACUUUUUCUCCUCAUUUUACAUCUUCAAAUCAACUGAGGCUGUCACAAAACCAAAAUAAUUACCAGAUUUCAGGAAACCUUACUGUGCCUUGGAUUACAGGUUGUUCCAGAAAAAGAGCAUUACAGGACCGCACCCAAUUUAGUGACCGAGACUUGGCGACCCUAAAGAAAUACUGGGACAAUGGCAUGACCAGCCUGGGCUCAGUCUGCAGAGAGAAAAUAGAAGCUGUUGCUGCAGAAUUAAAUGUUGACUGUGAAAUAGUGCGGACAUGGAUUGGGAAUCGAAGACGGAAGUACCGUUUAAUGGGGAUUGAGGUCCCACCCCCUAGAGGAGGUCCUGCUGAUUUCUCUGAUCAAUCUGAAUUUGUUUCUAAAUCAGCACUUAAUCCAGGAGAGGAAACUGCUACUGAAGUGGGGGAUGAUAAUGAUAGGAAUGAUGAAGUAUCAAUCUGCUUAUCUGAAGGAAGCUCACAAGAAGAAACAAAUGAAGCUCUUCAAAAUGAAGAAAUUCAUCACAAAGAUGAUGAGCGGAAUCCAGUAGCUGCUGAUAAUGUGAAAAUAGAAAUUAUAGAUGAUGAAGAAAGUGAUAUGAUAAGUAAUUCUGAAGUGGAUCAAAUGAGUUCUCUUUUGGAUUACAAGAAUGAAGAAGUCAGAUUCAUUGAAAAUGAGUUGGAGAAUCACAAACAGAAGUAUUUUGAACUGCAGACGUUUACACGGAGUUUGAUACUUGCUAUUAAAUCAGAUGAUAAGGAACAGCAGCAGGCACUGCUCUCAGACUUACCUCCUGAAUUAGAAGAAAUGGAUUUCAAUCACACAUCACCAGAGCCUGAUGAUACCUCAUUCAGCUUGUCGUCUUUAUCGGAGAAAAAUGCCUCAGACAGUUUGUGAUUUUACUUCAUUUUUUUAAUUAUUUCUAAUUGACAGGAAGAAACUUCACAUAAUGUGUAGGUUUCAAGAGGACAGCAUUUUGCUGUACAGUGUUCUUCAACCCAAAAAGGAAAAGCCCGAGGUGAAGUAGACCUCCCUGAAGAAUGACUAUAGUACAUAGUGGCUGCAGUUUGCAAUGUCAAGAAAUGUUGAGUGUUGUUUCUGCUAAAUGAAAGAACUGUGUGAGGAAACGUUUCACUUUUAGCAGUUUGGCCUUGAUUAGCAUAACUUCUGACUUUCCAAAAUAACACUUGCUCUGUAGCAAAGACUUUUUGAGCAGGGAUCCAAGAGUGGAAAACAAAUGUCCUGUUACACAAAUAGCCAGUUUUUCAGAGUUGCUUGCUCACUAUUCCUGGUUUUAAUUUUUUCCUAAUUUUGACUCAGGUAGGUGGACUAAAAAUUGAGAAUCCAAAUAGAAUAAUGAGCUUUUUUGAGUUGUGCUUGAACUCUUUGCAGAUCUGAAAUUAAACUAAAGUGUGUUUCGUCACAUGACUUCAGAUUGUUUAAUCUUAACAUUUUGUGACCAAAACAAUGGAAAACACUUUAAAAGGCUAACUGAAUAAUUCAAAUCAUCACCGAACUGUUGAUGUACAGAAUCUGUCUGUAAGCAGUUCGCCCAUGAGAUCAUAUGGGAAACCUGGUAGCUGCACUGUGUGACUUUUCCUGAGACUCUCACAACAGCAGUGGGUUAAACAGGUUCACAUGCAGUUUUAUGAUUCUAUGAAUGUAGUUAUCUUUUUUUAUUUGUAGAGGUGUAGUGCUGAAGUUCUGUUCAUUGUUUUAAGUACCACCUAUAUACUUUUAACAAACCUUACUCCCUUUUAUCAAGACGCUCUCUUAAAUCCGUUAUGCCCUGAAAGGCAUUGAAGUGUUUAGAAUUGAGCAUUACAGACUUCCUACAUGUGACCUGGUUUUGAAGUAGCCUUGUCUGACAAGUUUUUUUUGGCACUACCACGUCACAGUUGUCAUUUUCAAACCGUGAGCUUGAUUGCAGGCAGUGGCUGGAAUGAGUUUCUGCUUUCCCAGCUGUUGGUCGCAUUGAAUCCCUUUCCUCAUCUGAAUAAAUGGAUGUGCAGACACAUUCGGAUGAAUUUAAUGGGGUUUGUAAGUGCGUGCCCAUGUUAUUAAUGCUCUAUAUCUUCUAAUCUGUAUAUUCCUCAACAAGCAUUUUCAAAACCUACUUUCACACUUUGUUAAAAAGCCCGAUCUUUCAAUUUUACACUGAGUCAUAAUACAGUCUGGCGAGUCUCUGUUUGUGCAGUGCAGUAAGUAAUCCCAUUGAUUUCAGUGUAGGUCCUAGGUGAGGCUCACAAAAUUCAGGAGUGGUGGCACGUAGGAGAUGACCCAGAACAUUCUUUUCUUUAAUACUGGGAUUAACUCACUAAUGAUUUCAGGUUUUCUCCAUCUGGUCCUGCCUCAUCACUCCUGCAGAUUUUGUAUUCUUAGGAUCUGUGCUGAGCUCUGUUCUGCCAUCUUUUUUUCCCAGUGUUGUACUUGGGCAUGCGGGAUUUUUUACAGUAUUGCUAAGUGCCAGUUGCAUAAAGAUUUAAAAAAAAAAAAAAAAAAAAAAGUUUCACGGUUCUGAAAUUCUGAUUACCAUAUAAUAAGGUUAGUAUGUAGUCCUCAAAAAACCUCUUACAGAGUAACCCCACAAAUGGAAGCUGUUAGGCCUGCACUUAAGCUAAUGUCUUAACUCAAUAAUAGCAUCCCGAGAGAGAGAGGAGGCACUGUGUAAGCUGUGUGUGAGCUGUGGGCUGCUCACACGCUCACUGCCUCCACUGAAGUAUCACACCCUGGCUGGGAGGUGAAUGCUGAUAUCUCAAAGGAGGAGCUUUAUUUCAUGUGCCUGAUGAAAUGACCACCGGGUUAGAAGUAAUUUAGGUUUGUUAGCAAAGUUCACAGCGCUAGCCUUCAAAUGUAAGGAGGAGUUCAACUGUAAUUCUGCUCACUCUGAAAAAAAAUCUUUUACAAAGGGUUUUCUGUACUUAGUUAACAAUACUCUCUGAUACUGUUCUCUCUAGAUAGGAAAUUUCUGCCACUGACAAUGAAACCUCUGUGAGCUUUGCUAUAAUUUAAAAAAAGGAAAAAAAAAAAAAGUUAUUUACCAUUAUUUGGACCCUAUUUUCCUGCUGCUUUUGCUUGAAUUCCCAAUGCAAACGGCAGGAUAGACUUGAUUUCACAGUCAGUUAAAUUAUCCACUUUUCUACAAGAAAAUUUUAAUUGAUAAUAUCUCAUAUUUGCUCUGUUUUGCUUUUAUUUGAUGUGCCAAACAAGUGGAAGGAAUUACUUUUGAAUGAACUACUGUCAGAUUCAAGCACUUAUGCAAGUCCCUUUGCUAAAGGGACUGGAACUGCUGUUAAGGAAGUGCAGCUAGAACUCUGGCUGCAGUCAGCACCCACACAUUGUGCCUCUGGGCAUGUGGUUCUUUGGUCCCCUUCUUCUGCAUGAUGACAAGGCAAAACAUAGCACAGUAGUCCUGUUUUCAUACCCUGAAACAUUUGGCAAUAUUACAGCAAUUCAGAAAGAAGGUGUGUAAAUGAUAUUCCUGUAUAACAGAAUACAGGGGAUAAUAAUGUACAGCUGCUUGUUCAGGUGUUUUGUUUUUCGGUAUCAGUGUGUAUUUCCUGUCAUAGGUAAAACAAAAAUCUGAAUGACAUUUUGCCACUGCUGGUUUUUUUUUUUCAUAUUGCAGCAAGAAUAGUUUUGCAGUGCAGUGGUUGGAAAGCUACACACUUGCUUGGAGGCUCUGUAACAUAAAACAUAACGAUCCCUGAGAAUUAAACGCAGUACGUAUCUAAGUCGUGCAGAUCAGACCAGCAGCACGCAUGCUUUAUGGCUUUGUGAUUUUUUUUCUUUGCCUGUGUCCCUGACAGACAAGUUUCUACACAAACGUUCUGCUCAAAUUAUGUCCAAAUCCAGAUAUCCUGCAUCUAACUGGGCCUUAGAACAGUGUGAGGAAGUUUGGCAUUGUUGCCAUCCAUUUUCCUGGCCAACUUUGUCUUAGCAGUUGUGCUGACAAGCAUCAGAUUCUAAUACAAGGGUCACCGGGAUACUCAUUUCUGCUCUGAAGGUGCUUUAGAAGAUGGAAAAUUAUAGGUGAUAGCUGUCUGUGCCCAGGACUUUGCUUAGGGUUUUGGUUUGUGUUUACUGCCUCUGAUCAGUGGAUGACCACAGAACACAUCUGUAUAGACUGUAAUGACAGAGAAAGCUAAUAUUGUGUUGUGUCAUGAUGAAAGAAAUAAGCCUUCCUUUACUAUCUCACUGAUAGUGACAGCAGCAGACGUGCCAGGUAUUGAUGUUCUCAUCGUCUUUCUGCUAAGGCUCUCAUUUGCUUUGUCCAUGGAAGAUGACUUUGCAGGUGUUCUUUAUUCCUAAUGCAUCUGUAGGAGUAUGAAUGAUUAAGUAUGUCUUUCUGAAGAAGGCAAAGUGGAAGAAGGUAGUUCUUAGGCACUUAGAAACAGGACGCUCUCCCUUCCUUAGGGAGCACUGAAAUUCUUUGAUGCUAGCAAGCUUGCUUAUACUUCAGAAAGCUGUUUCCUGAAGCUAUGCCUCUUUUCAUUUCCCUGCAGAUGAUGCUUCUGUCAAGUCUUUAGAUCUGGCAGGAGUGAGUAAUAGUAAAUAUUCUAAUAGGUAAAUUUUGGCAGAUUUAAAACUACGUGAACAGAUGUACUAUACAAGUGUCAAUUUUCUUCAGUACUUAGUUCUUGAAGCAACACUGCACUUUAAUCUUUCCAAGUAUUUCUUUUUUGCUAAGGCAAUAGAAAGUCUGAAAAUGACAAGCAGAUCAUGGACUUUGCAGUCUCUGAGGAAGAGAAAAGGAAUGUAUAACUUACAACUUCAUCUUCUAAACUCGGGAAGCAGUCAUCAGGUCUGCUCACCAAACAGAGGCAGCAAUAUCUACUGUUGUUGAUACAGAGUUGAAAUGAUAGGACAAAUCAACUGUAUCAUAGCGUCUUUACUGUAGAAAUUACUGCUCAGAAUUCAUCAGCUAUCUGCUUUGGGGUCUCUGUAGCACUGCCCUGUUAGUGAUGUUGAAGAUGAUAAUGCACAGCACUAAUUUUUCCAGAGGUACUGUAGUCGUAGCUGACUGUUGGUCUCAGGAUAGUGACAGAAGACAAAGAUAAUAUGCAUAAAUGGAAUAGCACACAGAAUAUCUGAACCAUGAAGAAUGAGCAAUUUGUAAUGUUGCAACCAAAAGCUUAAUUUACUACCUCCAGUCCUGCUGCCCAGAUCCUUCAGAUCAGCUGGGAACUACGAGGCUGCUUUAUGCAUGGGGGGACUGGCAGCUGCCUGACAUUCAGCCUUCAUUUCAGGACUCUGCCUUUUCUGCCCCAUGAGCACGUUGGCCAAGUGGUACCACAGAGCUCUUUCAGUGGUAGAGUAGGGUUCUACUCUUGGCUAAGGAGUGUUUGUAAGAUGGUGGCUGACACGGUGGUCAGAAGACAGCAGGUGUAAAAGGGGCAGAAUCAGAAGCUCGGGCUAGUGGUGGUGGUGGGUGUUGUUUGUAGACAAAGCAGCAUUCGUUCUCAAUAAAAGAUGCUUAAGAAUGUCUCCAUGAGGAAAAUGGUUUCAGGUCAGAGCUUUGGUUACGGUGAACGUUUUACUGUAUUACUGAAUGAAGUAAAUAUUUUCCAGUUCUGUAUUUCAUUUUACACACGCUACCUCUGAAACGUAACACCACCUUUAAAACCACACAGAAAAUGUGAAUUAAAAAAUAAAAUAAAAAAGCUUUUAUAGGCAAUAAAUUAUUUCCAACACACAUCCUCCAAUUCUGUGCCUGUUUUUUAGUUGUGUGAAACAUUCAGUUUGUUUUUUGUUCUGGUACUAUUUCAUGUAUUUGUCUCAAUCUGUGGACAGGGAAAUAAUGAAGAUGUGAUGUUUGGGAAAAAAAGAUUAGCGUAUGUUAAUGGUAGUGAAUAUUUCUAUUGAUGCUCAAGGAUGGUACAGUAAAUUUUUGCAGUUUUUGGUACAGCUAUUAUAAGAAAUGAAUAUUAUACUUAGAAAUAGCCUGGUACCAAAUGACCGAUGCGAUGUUUCUUAAUGCACCAUAGGUGAAUCGAUCAGCGGGGUUGGUCGGAUAGUGAGUCUCAGCAAUGUGGUGAACAGGGACAGGAUUUUAUUUUUUCUGAGGUACGACAUCUUGAAAGAACACUCUCAUAUGUUAGUUUCUGGUAUCUCUUCAUUUUCUGUUGAUUUUUUUUGCAGUGACCAUGUGUAUAAAAACCUAUAGGAACAAUUUUGAUUUGCUUGUAAGCAAGUGUGACAUUAAAAUGAGUCAGGGGCAAGUACAGCUCCCAUGUAAACGCAGGCCAUUUUUGGGUAGCAAAAAGCAGCAAGUCCCAGUCAUUUCCCCCACGUCUGCCUGUGCCUAUGAACCAAUGCGCCUUGGAGCCGUGGGUGGGCAGGGAGGUGCGGGGCGCCAAGGCGGCCGUGGGGCUGCGGCAGGGGCUGUGGGGGCUCCUAAGGACUGAAACAAAGGGAGGUGUUCCACACCUCGGGCAGCCCGAGCUUCUGCAUCGUCUCAGACUUUGUGAAGGGCAGCGUAUGAAGUCGUGGCAGAAUCGGCUGAGUUGUGUGUGGGAAGAACAUUGCUCACUGGUGGGCAUGGCACAGUGUGUAUGAGUUCUAGAACUGCUGAGUGUGUGUGUGCAGGUGGAACAAGCACGGCAACGUGAGCGCCUACAGUGCGCGUAGAAAUACUUCACUUGAGCUCAUUCGUGUAGGUCUUACUGCAUUGAUUACAUAGUUCUGUACAUCUGUGUAAGUACAGAUUGCAGUCCAGCAGCAAAACUGGUAGCGGUUAGGAUUGGAAGUUAGCUAAAAAGUCCUCAGUAGUGAUACUUGUAAUCGUGGCAUAUAAAUGAACUGCUGUAUUUAUGAAGAGGUAGUGAAUCUUCUGCCACGAUAAUUUCUGUUUUAAUUUCACAGGAGCUGUUAGUUUGAUUUAAUGUUUCUUUGGAAAGUCUAAACGUUAAUCUAUACCUUCAGUGUUUUCAUUAGCCAACAGAAAGCAAUCUUAAAACAAGGAUGGUUUCCUUCUGGGCAGAUCUGCCAAGGCUUAUAACCCGAGUGGCUCAGUGAAUCUGUGACAUGUCAGUAUUUAUAUUGCAUUUCUAUUAUUUGUAUCAGUAUGUGUAGCAAAGAAAAUACUAUAAAUCUUGACCUGAUGUACCUCCGCUGCAGUCCAGGACGUUUGAUCUUGGCUUAUUUGAGAGAUGGAUGCCUAGUGAAAUAUUCCAUGCAUUUAUAUUGAUUUUUCCAUGUUGUUGUUCUGUAUAUAUAAGGGUAUUUAUAGUUCUGUAUUAACAGAGAUGCUCAUUUCCUUCUUCAGAAGCCUGCUCAGCUAUUUUUAUAUAAAAUGUGGUCUUUGCCUUAAUUUUUUUGUGAAAGUUGUGCCAUAGAUAUUUUAACUUAUCCUCAGAUAGUUUAUGGAAUUUGCUUUCAAAUGUCUUUGGUUAAUUAUUUUUUUCCUGAAACUGUCCUAAAUUGCUUUCUCCUCCAAGUGUACGAUGAGAUUUUUUUUCUUCUUAAUUUUGAUUUUGUUCUAUUUGGAAGAUACCCCGUGUGCAUGCUUCGGUUAGAGCCAGCUUCUCCUCUGUAGCUUAUUGUUUCUAGUUAGAAAUCCUUCCACUGAAAAAGAAAGAAAUGAAGUAAUGCUUGUACAAAUGUAUCUAUAGUGCCCAGACGGUCAGAGCAAAGGGCUAUUUAGCGUUGGUAACUUUGUCUACUAGACUCAAGGAUAUUUUUCUACGUCUGUCAAGUUUGGGACUAUGGCAAAAUGAAAUAAAGGUGAACUAACUCCUUUUCCUA